GCUGCUGGAUGAGGAGCGUGGCCGCCUCUUUGCCGGUGCCCAGAACCACCUCCUUUCCCUGGCCCUGGAUGACAUCAGCCAGUGGACAGGAAGAUCUACUGGCCAGCACCAGUGGAGUGGAGGGAGGAGUGCAACUGGGCCGGCAAGGACAUCACUGCCGAGUGCAUGAACUUUGUGAAGAUCCUGCACUCCUACAACCGGACCCACCUGUAUGCCUGUGGCACUGGUGCCUUCCACCCCGUUUGUGCCUUUGUGGAGGCUGGCCAGCACGCAGAGGAGCCCAUCUUCAAGCUGGACCCCCGGCACACCGAGGAUGGCAAAGGGAAAAGCCCCUAUGACCCCCAGCAUGCAGCAGCUUCCGUCCUCGUGGGCGAGGAGCUCUAUUCCGGGGUGGCCACUGAUUUGAUGGGCCGGGACUUUACCAUCUUCCGCAGCCUGGGCCGACGUCCCUCCAUCCGCACGGAGCAGCACGAUUCCCGUUGGCUCAAUGAGCCCAAGUUUGUGGCCGUGUUUUGGGUGCCGGAGAGUGAGGACCCUGACGAUGACAAGAUCUAUUUCUUCUUCCGUGAGACGGCAGUGGAGCGCCAGCAGGGGCUGGGCAAGACCAGCUUUGCCCGCAUCGGCCAAAUCUGCCGUAACGACAUGGGCGGGCAGCGCAGUCUGGUCAACAAGUGGACAACCUUCCUGAAGGCUCGGCUCAUCUGUGCCGAGCCAGGACCCGACGGGGCAGACACCCACUUUGAUGAGCUCCGGGAUGUUUUCCUGCUGCAGACAAGGGACAAGCGCAACCCCCUGGUCUAUGCCAUCUUCUCCACCUCCAGCUCCGUUUUCCAAGGCUCAGCCGUCUGUGUCUACACGAUGGCUGACAUCCGCCGGGCUUUCCUGGGCCCCUUCGCCCACAAGGAGGGUCCCAACUACCAGUGGGUGUCGUACCAGGGCCGCGUGCCCUACCCCCGCCCGGGCAUGUGCCCCAGCAAAACCUUUGGCACCUUUGGGUCCACCAAGGACUUCCCAGACGAGGUGAUCCAGUUUGCCCGGCACCACCCACUGAUGUACAACCCAGUGCUGCCCCACAGGCAGCGGCCCCUCUUCCUGCAAGCCACUGUGCCCUACACCUUCACCCGCAUUGCUGUGGACCGUGUCACUGCUGCUGAUGGCCACUACGAUGUCCUCUUCAUCAGCACAGACGUGGGCACGGUGCUGAAGGUGGUUUCGGUGCCCACGGAGAGCUGGCACCGCAUGGAGCCACUGCUGCUGGAGGAGCUGCAGGUCUUCCAGGAUGCCUCUCCCAUCACCAGCCUGCAACUCUCAUCCAAGCGGCAACAGCUCUACGCCGGCUCGGCCACGGCACUGGCCCAGCUGCCCCUGCACCGCUGUGGUGCCUAUGGCAAAGCCUGCGCCGAGUGCUGCCUGGCCCGGGACCCGUACUGCGCCUGGGACGGCACCUCCUGCACCCGCUACGUGCCCAACACCAAGAGGCGUUUCCGCCGGCAGGACGUCCGCAACGGUGACCCCAACAUACUCUGCUCAGAAGACCCUCGACGCGGCAGCGUGCCCCAGAAGCAGCUCUAUGGCGUGGAGGGCAGCACCGCCUUCCUGGAGUGCAUCCCCAAAUCACUGCAAGCCCGUGUCCUUUGGACCUACCAGCGUACCCCAGAUGGUCCCCCGCGUGAGGUACCGGUGGACGAGCGGGUGGUGCGGACGGAGCAGGGUCUCCUGCUGCGCAGCGUGCAGCGCGCCGACGCCGGCCUCUACCUCUGCCACGCCACCGAGCACGGCUUCACCCAGCCCCUGCUGCGGCUCUCCCUGGAGGUGAUCGGCGCCCGGCAGGCAGCCCCCGCUGGUGAUCCGCCCCAGCUCGCCGCCGGGCCCCCCAGCCGCAAGAUCUGGUACCGGGACUUCCUCCAGCUGGUGGAGCCCGCCGCUGGAGGCUGCAGAUAGGGUCUGCCAGCGGCUCUGGAGCCGAGGGAGACCCCGCCACCCCCCAGUUCCUACGCCGGACCCCCCGGCCGCGGGCAGGGCAAGGAUCCACGGAAAGCUCGCCACCGGCGCACCCACGAGGGGCCGCGUGCCGAGCGGGGGCCCCGCAGCGCAUCUCCCUGGUGA